CACACACACACACACACACACACACACACACUUCAUUCCCAUGGCAGUGUGUGGGUUUGGAUAAGCAGCAUCCUUCCCUGUAAAGAUGCGAAAGGAGAGAGACCACUGAAAACCCUGCAGCUUUGUUACCACCUCACAUACGCAGAGCGUCUGCUGGAUGCCGGGGCGACUGCUUUAGGGGAUACAGGACCAUGAGAGGAAGAUGCCUCGAGACAGUCUGAUCACCUCUGAGAAUGACAUUGACAUUGGACUGGAGUUGGAAGGUGACGAGGAUGAAGUUUCCACUUUUCAAGAGGAGCAUGAGAGAGAAAGACACAGAGGGAAAAGAAGGGAUGGUGAUAGAGAGAAAAAGAAGAGGAGAAAGCGAGCAUCUAGAGCAGGAGAAGGUGAGGAAGAAAUACAGGCCAGGCCUGAGAAAAGAGAAAGGGGCAGGAGGAAGAGAGCGAGGAGUGAUCAAGAAGCAAAAGGAAGAGAGGCGGACGAGGAGGAGAAGCCCAAAAUAAAAAGCCGUAAGGGUUCAAAAACAAGGAAGAAUAUAAAAAAUGAGAAAACAAGAAAAAUGGAGGAGGAGGUGGAGGAGGGAGAAGCUGAAGAAAGACAUGCCAAGGGAAAAAAGAAACAUGGAAGUGCCAAAAAAGAAGAGAGACAAGAGGAUGGAGGUAAACGCUCAGCGAAGGAGAAAGAACGGGAAGUGAAGAAGAAGAAGCACAAGAAAGUAGUUGAAACGAGUUCAGAGCCGGAGGCAAGCGAGGAAGAUGAUAAUGAAGAAGAGGACAAUGAAGAGCAAGAGGUGAGGCCAGAGUCUCUGACACCGGAGGAGCUGGAGAAGCUGAAGGAGGCUGUGGACGAGAGAAAGAAACUGAUCCAGGGUCUGAGGGGGAAACCCUGGCCUAUGAAAAAGCAGCUUGUGACUUUACGGGAGUCUCAGGAGUUUGUGGAGAAAUAUGAGGGAGCUUUGGGAAAAGGCAAAGGAAGGAAGCUCUACGCGUACAAGGUCAUGAUGACCAAGAAAUGGAUGAAGUUUCAACGGGACUUUGAAAACUUCAAAACUGCCUGUAUUCCAUGGGAGAUGAAAAUCAAGGAGAUUGAGAGUCACUUUGGCUCCUCAGUUGCCUCUUACUUUAUCUUCCUGAGGUGGAUGUAUGGCAUCAACAUGAUCUUGUUUUGUCUGACCUUUGGCCUGGUUAUGGUGCCAGAGGCAUUAAUGGGGCGGCCCUAUGGCACCAUCCCAAGGAAGACUGUCCCCAGGGCCGAGGCGACCAGUGCCAUGGACUUUGCUGUCUUAUGGGACUUUGGAGGUUACGCUCAGUAUUCAGUCCUCUUCUACGGUUACUACAACAACCAGCGUGCCAUUGGCUGGCUUAAGUUCCGCAUGCCUCUGUCAUACUUCCUGGUUGGUGUGGGAACAGUGGCCUAUAGCUAUAUGGUGGUUAUAAGAACGAUGGCCCGUAAUGCGAAUGAGACCGGGGUCGGAGAUGACAACAGCUUCAAUUUCAGCUGGAAGAUGUUCACCAGCUGGGACUACCUGAUAGGAAACCCUGAAACUGCAGACAACAAGUUUGCCUCCAUCACCACCAGUUUCAAGGAGGCCAUCUUAGAGGAGCAGGAGAGCCGGAAGGAUGACAACAUCCAUCUGACUCGUUUUCUGCGAGUGCUGGCCAACUUCCUGGUCUUGUGCUGCCUGGCAGGAAGUGGAUACCUCAUCUACUUUGUAGUGCGUCGCUCUCAGAAGUUUGCCCUUGAUGGACUGGAGAAUCACACCUGGUGGGAAAGGAACGAGGUGAACAUGGUCAUGUCACUACUGGGGAUGUUCUGCCCCAUGCUGUUUGACGUCAUCAGCGCCCUGGAGAACUACCACCCUCGUGUCGCCCUGCAGUGGCAGCUGGGUCGCAUCUUUGCCCUCUUCCUGGGAAACCUCUACACCUUCAUCAUUGCACUCAUGGAUGAGAUCAACCUCAAAAGGGAAGAGGAAAAGAUAAUAAAGUUUAAUAUAACCACGUGGGAAGCCAGUCUGUUAAAUGUUACGGUAUCAGAGAACAGCACGGCUCCACCUGUCACCAUCCAGCCUGCUGAUGUACCCAGAGGGCCCUGCUGGGAGACCAUGGUGGGCCAGGAGUUUGUCCGGCUGAUCAUAUCUGAUACCAUGACAACCUACAUCACGCUGCUGAUCGGGGACUUCCUGAGAGCCGUGCUCGUUCGUUUUCUCAACUACUGCUGGUGUUGGGACCUCGAGGCCGGAUUUCCGUCCUACUCUGAGUUUGACGUCAGUGGGAACGUUCUGGGCCUGAUCUUCAAUCAAGGAAUGAUAUGGAUGGGUGCCUUCUACGCCCCCUGCCUGCCUGCCCUGAACGUCCUCCGGCUCCACGUCUCCAUGUACCUGCAGUGCUGGGCCGUGAUGUGCUGCAACGUGCCUCAGGAAAGGGUCUUCAAGGCCUCUGGCUCCAACAACUUCUACAUGGCCAUGUUGCUGGUUAUCCUCUUCCUGUCCACUCUGCCUGCCAUCUACACCAUCGUCACCAUCCCCCCUUCCUUUGACUGUGGACCCUUCAGUGGGAAAAAACGUAUGUUUGAUGUGAUCCAGGAGACUCUGGAGUCAGACUUCCCUGCCUGGUUUAGCAAAGUGUUCAGCUAUGCGUCUAACCCUGGACUGGUGCUACCCUUCAUACUGCUUAUGGUACUGGCCAUUUAUUACCUGCAAUCCACAUCUAAAAGCUACAAAGAAGCUAAUGUGGAACUGAAGAAAAAACUACAGACGCAAAAUGAGGAGAACAAAAAGAAGAACAAACUAGCAGCGCUGAAGGCACAAAUGGAUCUAGAGGAGGCCAGAAAAGCUCCGUCACAGACUGCAGAGCAACAAAAGAACAACAACGCUUCAUUACAAGACCAAGAGGAUGAGGAAGAUGACCAUGGUGUUAGUCAGAGGCUGCAUCAUGGUAAGAAUGAACGCAACCCUCCUCCUCCAGUUCCAGCCACCAGAGCCCCUGUCCCCAGGACCUAUCACCAUGGUAACCAUGGGGCUCCUGGGUACCUGCCCGGUUUCCCUCGUGAACCCAGGAUGCACAGGGUGCCGAGCCUGCAGAGACACUGAGGGACGGAAAAACAACAAGUUGGCAAAUGUCACUCAAAAGCAAUUAAGCACUUUAUUGAGAAGUUCAAGUAAUGGGAAGUUAGUUAGUUAGUUAGUUAGUUAGUUAGUGCGCAUUUUCUCCUGAAUAAAAGUGUUUUUUAAAACUGUGUAUUCAUGAUAAAAAAGAAGCUGAAAGCAUUUCAAAUUAGUAGUUGUUUCUUUGUUUACCAAAUAAACAUUAACACUCUG